ACCACCUCCCCCCGUCUGAUCCGCUCUAGCGUCUCUCUCUCUCUCUCUCUCUCUCUCUCUCUCUCUCUCUCUCAAACCAAACCGCUCGUUUCGUUUUUGGCGGUUCAAGGAAAAGGAAAGAGAGCGAAAUACUGAACGCAAACCCUAGCGAUUCGUCGAAUCCAUUGGAUGAUGUUGAGCGGAUUUUAUCGGAGCAGGAAUAACGAGCAGCAGCGGCGGCGGAGGAGCUAACCGUGACGCGAGCAUGAGGACGGUUUGGUUGUUGGAGAAGUAUCAUCGAUCGAUCUGAUUCGCUGCUUUCCUUUUCAGUAAUGUGCGAUUUGGUGGCCCGCACGGGUCGGCAUCAGCAGCGUUACGAGGCCGGUUGUCGCCUUGUCGCCGGGUGUAUCCCGUACAGGUAUAGAUCUGUUGACUGCGGCGAUUCUACUGAUGAAAAGAUUAUUGAGGUGCUCAUGAUCAAUUCAACUAGUGGUCCAGGCCUUCUGUUUCCAAAGGGAGGUUGGGAGAAUGAUGAAACUGUUGAUGAGGCGGCAAUUAGGGAGGCAAUUGAGGAAGCUGGGGUGAAAGGAGAUAUAAAGGGUCUUUUAGGGCAUUAUGACUUCAAGAGUAAGACUCACCAAGAUGAGUUUUGUCCUGAAGGUUUAUGUAAAGCCGCAAUGUUUGCACUGUUAGUGAAGGAGGAGCUCAAGUCAUGGCCGGAGCAGAGCAUCCGAGAACGGAGCUGGCUGACCAUCCCAGAAGCCAUUGAGAGCUGCCGCCACCCAUGGAUGAGGGAAGCCCUCGUUGAUGGCUUCUUGAAGUGGCACUCAGAAAACAUGGGCGAGGAAAAUGCAUCCCCUGAUCAAUCUUGAUCCCUCCACCCAGUCAAAAGGUGUGGAUUCAAAAUUCGUUUUGCUAUGCUCGGAUCAAAGGUACCAAACAAGCAUCUUCAUUGCUUUUACGGUUUUUCCCUUGAUAGGUGUUUGAUCAAAAAUCAAGCCUUUAGUUAGCUCUUUUCUGAGAAUUGGCUGUACCUCAAAAAAAAAAUUGAAAAAGAAAGAAAGAUCCUUUUUCAGGGGGUAGUCCGUAACUAUACAGCUGUAGCGUUUUUUUUAGGAUGUCGAUCGAUAUUGAUGCUGAAUCUCUUCAAAAGUUCAAACUCCUAGUUUCUUACAAUUGCUCCUUUCUUAAUUGAUAGGGUCUCCGUGAGGAAGUUGUUCAUGUUUUUUGUC